CGCUGCGCGGGAGCGUCCUGGAGCUUACGAAAAAUACACGCUGGAGCCAUGAAUCAAACUCCGUCAUGUGACGGGAGGGGAGGUGCUGGGCUGGCUCCCAGCCAGUGGUAGGAGCUGAUGGGUGGAACAAACGGGGCAUAAAAAGACUGAUAUGACUAACGGAUCCUGGAUGCGUGGUGCCUCUUGUUUGGAUCUGCGGGAAUGUAGGCUCUAGCAGUUCUGCGGCUCUGCCAGCCUUUUGCCUGACACUGGAACUGCUGCUCACAAAAGUAGAAUCCUGCUGCUCUGUGGUAGGAGGGAUAGAGAAAGAACAUGGCCUGCAUUUUGAAGAGGAAGUCCAUUGUUGCUGUGAGUUUCGUUGCAGCAUUCCUCUGCCUGAUCAUCAUCCGCCUCACAAAUGAAGUAACUUUCCCUUUGAUCCUAAACUGCUUUGGACAAACCAGUGUCAAGUGGAUCCCAUUUUCCAAUGGCCAGAGGCAUCCUCUGAGAACUCAUUAUGGAUAUAUAAAUGUAAAAACACAAGAGCCUCUACAGCUUGACUGUGACCUCUGUGCCGUUGUUUCCAACUCGGGGCAGAUGGCUGGCCAGAAGGUGGGGACCGAGAUAGACAAGUCCUCCUGCAUAUGGAGGAUGAACAACGCUCCCACGAAGGGCUACGAGGAAGAUGUGGGGAAAAGGACGACCGUGAGGGUGGUCUCUCACACCAGCGUGCCUCUGCUGCUCAAGAAUCCCGAGUACUUCUUCAAAGAAACCAACAGCACCAUCUACGUGAUCUGGGGGCCUUUCCGAAACAUGAGGAAGGACGGGAAUGGCAUUGUGUACAACAUGCUGAAGAAAGCCGUCGACAGCUACCCCAGUGCCAAAAUCUACGUGACAACGGAAAAGCGCAUGAGUUACUGCGACGCGGUGUUUAAGAGGGAGACGGGAAAAGACCGAGUCCAGUCAGGUUCAUAUCUCAGUACGGGUUGGUUUACCUUAAUUUUGGCUAUGGAUGCCUGCUAUGGAAUUCACGUCUAUGGGAUGAUAAAUGACACCUACUGCAAGUCAGAAGGCUUUCGUAAAGUUCCCUACCACUAUUACGAGCCAGGAAGAGAUGAGUGUGAGGAAUACUUUCUCCAUGAGAACGCUCCAUAUGGAGGCCAUAGGUUUAUCACGGAAAAGAAAGUGUUUGCUAAAUGGGCCAAGAAGCACACGAUAAUAUUUACACAUCCCAACUGGACAGUGUCUUGAUACUGGUUUUCUUAACUCUCCCUGAGCAGCAUAUUAUAAAAAUGUCUCAGUUUACAAUAGUUUUGCUUACAUGUGGCUGGCCUUUCUCAGCCUAGGUAACAUUAAACUAAAAACCGGACGACAAAGAGGGUGAUGGUUCAGCUGCUAAGCAAAAUUAAUCAUCUGUGGAAGGUAGACACAUUGUUUGUUACUUCUCUUAGGGUUUUACUCCACACUAUGCACUUUAUACUUUAACUGGAUUUUACUUCAAGGCAGGAGCAGUUAAAUACAGAGGAGAUUUCCUGGAUAUACAGGUGCACACAGAGAACAUGGAGAUCCUUUGAAACUUGUCCAUCAUCUCAGAUAUUUAAAAUUAGUAUUUAUAGCUCACUGGCAGUACUGCAGCGCUAGUGAGUGUCCUUUCUAGUAUUAGCAGAAGUUUUCAACAAGAGGAAUAUGAGGAAAAAUAUAGACCUCAAAAAAAAAGAAAAAAAACAACCAAACACCUGAAUACAUUGACACAUGUGAGAACUUGCAUGUAUGGUAAAAUUAGAGAUGAGCUAAACACGGUUCUUGAACUGAUCACAACUCUUGCAUGAGAAGAUACGACUUCCUCAAGUCCUGAGGUGCAGGUCUUCCACCCUGGUCAGGCUGCAGCAUCUGGGACAGUGUAUUUGGUGCUGUUUGAAGCCCUUGUCCCACGGUGCAGCUCCAGCAUUGUGGCACUCAGAAAUGACUGUGCCUUGCAGCCCACGGUGAACCUUUGGCUGUCGUACCAGGUCUGCUGUCAGUAUCCAAACUCAUGAGUGAAAAGUUGUCCUGUGAAUAUCUCCAUUUACUCUAGUUGUGCCUUUGAGUUGCUCCAACAUCCAAGUAACAGUAUUUUGACAGUAUUUCCCAUGGAGCCAUCAUAAUUUGGUUUAGAUCUCCAGUUUCUCCAGCUUUAAAAACAGGGAUAGUGUCUAUCUACCUCACAAGGGAGUUGUGAGGACUAAUUUAAUUUAAUUUAAAGCACUUUCCUGAUGAAGAAUGCUACAGAUCAUUUAUUCUUAAUGCAAAAACAAUGGUACCUGUCAUUUAUUCUUGUCUGUUGGGUAUUUGAAGAAAGUGACAGCAUGUCUGGAUCUGAUGGCGAAUUGUUCUGUGCAUCCACUUUCCUACUGAGGAUAAUUUGUAAUACUGAGUUGUCUCAGCUUGCAUUGCCUCAGAUGAAGUUGAAAGAACUCCCCACCUCACAGCAUUAGCUGCACAUCAAGAGGCAGUUCAAGAAUUUUAAAAUAGACUCAUCUCUAGUUUAAAUAUGUAUUUCCCAGCUCACUGUCGUGGAAAGUUUUCAACUGCAGCAAACUCAAUUGUAAUAUGACCAUAAUCCAACUACACAUGUGAGUUUUAUUUAAACUGUAUUUAAACUAAUGCUUUAAGUUUAGAAUUGUGUCCUAUGAAUAUUUUAACAUCUGGAAUGUCAGAUUCAACACUGUAAUAGCCAAUACUGUGAACACUUGAAGGAAUUACGUGUGGGACAUGUCACACAGGGUUUACUCACGCUACUUAAACAUUAACCAACAGGAAACUUUGUAUGCUUUUGUAAAUCAUGAAAAGGGGAAAGUAAAAAGCUAUUUUUACAUGUAAGUAUUUGUAUACUGACUAUUUCCUAUUGUAUAUUUGUACAUAUAAAUCUAUAUUUUAUAUGUUCAUCGCAUAUAUAUUCUGUCAUCAACAGCUGCAACUCUUAGAAUGGGGAGGAAAUCCCUUCACCACUGUUCCUCCUCCUGACUGUUGGUUCCUUAUUCCUGUUGGUACAUGAUGCCAGGGUAUCAUCUCUGUUACCCCUUCUGUUUUCUACUCUAAAUGCAGCUUUCUGAUUUUAUUUUUUUAAUAUAGCUCAGCUUUCACUGUUUAGUACUCUAAGUAUUCAUGGUGGUUGUCAGACAGAGGCUGGGACCACGCUUAUAAUCCUGGAUAAACAUCUGUAUUUAAAUACAGGCUUUGUCCCAGACUUCUUGCACAACUUGAUGUCUCACCUUCCUGUUUGGAAAAGGAGAACCACAGUAUUUUCCUACUCCCCUUCUUGUCUGACCUUCCUGUGAGCUGUUGAGAUGAAUAUUCCCAUUUUCAAUUUAUUUGUAUAAUGCCUUGCAGGAGAGGUACCCAGAGUGUCUGAAAACUACAGGCAAUGCUAUAAUAUGCAAAUAAUUUGAAGUGGCUGCCCUUUUUCUCUGGAGUUAAAGAUCAGUUGUAAGCUAAUACAGCAUGGGAUGAAAUCAAAAGGGGAAAGGGCCAGGGAUGGAUAAAGAGCUGUAGCACCAAAAGCCAGGGGUCUAAAUUUCUCACCAUAUGCAUAUGCACCUUUUCAGUUCAGAUGGAUGGCUGGAUAUAUGGAAAGCUGAUAAAACAAUUGUAAUGCAGGAUUUGAAGAGUGCAGGACGUGCAGAACUAGGGAGGAUGUUCCACACACAUUGCACAGGGCAGCCUGGGAAAUCCUACAGCUCCCUUGAGGGAAGAGGAGCUGAAAGGGAGAGCAUCAGCCAAAUUGAACUUGUAUUUGGGAGGUCUUUGGGUUAAUAGAGAAAUUGCUAUGAAGGUGCUGCCCAUGGAUGUGUGGUUGGGCUGGACAGACUUACAUGGAAGUGUCUCCAUGAACUGUUUCUCCCAAAUGAGCAUCAGGAUUCUGCCUCGCUGGUGAUCACCUGCAAGGUAUUUUUUUUAAAGCCUGAGGAAGUUUUUCAGAUAAUUAAUACACGCCAGCUCACCAUAAAACUGUUGUAAAAUAUGUGUUUCGUCCUGAAGCUCACUGAAGAGUGUUUGCAUGCUGCAUGAAACAAUAUCACAGUUGUCACAGAGCAAAGUAAAAGUGUUGCUCUCUGCCUGGAUUUGCACUGAGAGCAGAUCUCCUUUAGGAACGUGGCAGCAGGCUUCAUUCACACGAAAGUAAAUGAACAUCACUUCCCUUAUUUAAAUGAAGCUGCCUUUAGCAUGACAUAAAUGCAUAUUUACAUUAUUUUUAUUGUAUGAGUAAGGAACUGUGACCACUGCGUUAAAGAUGAUUCUGCAAAGAAAUUACUUGGUCAAAAUCUGUUAAAAAUCUGUGGUACUGAAGAAAAGAAUCUCAGUACUUGGCUGUGUAGUGAGGGACCUUGAUGAUUCACCUCCUGAGAGCAGUUAAGACAUCAGCUGAGAAUCAUUUAUUAAUUCUUUAAGAUAAAACCUACUACAGUUUACCUGAAUGUAAUCAGAUCCUAAUUGCUUAUUCAUUCAAGCAGUCCUAUUUUAAUCAACUACUCAUGUGUGUAAAACAAGCAGGGAGUUUACCUGAGGCUUUCAAAAUGCAUCUUCACGUUGCUGUUAAUAGGGGAAUACUUACAAAUAGUUUGGCCUUUUUUGGCCAUCAGUCAGCUAAGUAGUCAACAAAUGUUUUCUUUUCCACUUUAGGGGAAUUUAAUACACUUUUUUGAAAAAAAAAACCACCAACAAAGCAUUUAUUGUUUGGUUUGCUGUAGGCUUAGUUUUAAUGAACAUUUAAAUUUUAAUAUGCUUUAUGUUUUAUGUGGCAUUAUCUUCCAAUUGAUUUUUUUUUUCAAAGUAAAAACUUUUAAAUAGGAGCAGAAAUUUGCAUAAGAAAAAAAAUAUCUUUUUGGCUGGCUAAUUACUAAUUCCAGGGUAAUUAGUGGCAGGGUGUGUGGGGAGGUUUAGGCACUGGAACAGGCUCUCCAGGGCAGUGCUCACAGCACCAAGGCUGACAGAGCUCAAGAAGCAUUUGGAUGAUACUCUCAGGCCCACGGUGUGACUCUUGGGGAUGGGCCUGUGCAGGACUAAGGAUUGGACUCAAUGAUCCUUGUGGGUCCCUUCCAACUCAGCAUAUUCUGGGAUUUUGUGAACAUAAAAAAACCUCCUCUUUCCAAACUGACACAACAGACACGAUCCCAAGCUUUUCAUCCCCAUUAGAUGUCCAGAUCACAUUCUUCUGCUUAUAGCAAGGCCUCUUCUCAGAAAGCAAAAAAUUAGUCUCUAUAUCCAGCCAAAUUCCCUUUCCAUCUGGGCUGGGAGGCUCCAUCUGCAGACUGCUCCUAUCAGUUACAUCAGUAAGUGGGAAGGACUGAUGAAGAGUUCCACUUAGGAGCAGAUGGUGUUCCAGCUACUAAAAAAUGCCCCUAAAGUGCUGUAGGCAAGGAGUACCCAUUGAUCUUUCCUGGAAAUACUUUACUAAAGUAUUGGGUUUCUUCAAAUGCCUUUAGCUCCUCUGUAGAAUAAUUGUCCUCCUCUGUCUAGUAGGAGUUAUCAGCAAGGGGGAAGCAUGACCUUUACAGGAAGAAACAGAGGCAAAUUCGGUGUUGUUAAAUAUUUCUAAAUAAGCAACACCAGGGAGGAAGGUGUCAGCCUGCCACAAAUUAUCUGAACACUCACUGGUUUAGGAAUCUCAUUUCAUAACUAAUGGAAAUCACUCUGGCAGGUUCACGAAUGCAGCACCUAUCCCUUUAAAAUCUUUGCACUCCUGGGUAUUAAGGUAAGCAGGGUUUUGUCUGAGAAGUACCAUGUGCACAUAAGGCAUAGCAGAGUUAAUAAAGAGAAGCCCACCCAACACCUGGAGGGCUGAUGCUGAUGGUCUGUCUUUAUUCACCUGCUUGUGGGCUGGGCAAGAAGUAGGACCCUCACACAAAGAUAGCUGGCAGCAGAGCACAGGGGCUCAACCAGAAGACAUGUGCAGGUAAGUAAGAAUUAAAUAAGUAAUCCCUCAAGAAUUAUAACUGGGUGGUGCCCUUAGUAAGUAGAAAACCAGAAGCACUUUGCAUAUUGGUGCUUAUAAUUUGCUGGCAUUCUUUUCUGCGUGCAUUCAGAAAUUGUGUGGUGGUGUUAGUUGUAUUCGAGCAAGCCUGGGGUUUGUUGAUGGUGAACCUUGGGGUACUCACAAGAGUGAAGCUGUGUUAGUGCCAAAGGAUCACACAGGAGCUGUCUGUGGGCAUUAUGAUGUACUGUGCACAGCAGUCACGUAUUUACUGAAAAAAAGGCCUGUGUUUUGUUUCCUGACUAGGGGUAGUACUUUUGAGAAGGAAGUGUUUCAUUUUCAGCAGAUGUGUCUCAUUCUGUUCCUCCUUUCCUGAGAGGAUGCACAGAAUGGGACUUAACCAUAGGAGAGUGACAAAUAUUAUGUUAAAUAGCCAGCCACCAGAUUCAUAUGUGUUUUUCUGACUAUUUCUGUGAUAUUUAGCUGAAGACAGAGAAGCCUUUUGUAUAGCAUAAUCUACAGAAGUCUCAUGUCUGUUCUGGAUUAGAGUCUCGUGGGCAAACUCUCUAAAAGGGCCUGAAGGAGGAAGAAAAGGUCUCUCUCCACUGAAAGGCAGUGUUUCUGUGGAAGCCAUAAUAACGUGAGGCACACCCUCAGCCUUCGUAGGUCCCCACCUGGCCAAAAAUUUUUGAUUGCUUGCUGUCAUUUCUGGGAAUUCCUCAAGACAUGCAUCUGCCACUGCUGUUCUGAUUUACUGGCCGUAAAAAGACUGUAAACUUGAACUAAUGCAUGUUCUUGCCAUGUAUUAUGCAUGAUAGCAUGUUACCCAUUUUAUUCUCCACUAUAAUAAAUAAUGUAAGUUUUAUGUAAACUUGGUUCAGGCAGCAGGAGUAGUGCUUUUUCUUUCUCUCACAUCGUGUGUUGCCCAGAGCACUUUGCUGGAGCCUUGUCAUUGCCAUUAGCAGCUGGCAGCAAAUAAAUUGUUGAAACCAGGCUGGAAAUAUUUACUAAAUUUGACAUUUUUCACUGGAAUAUCAGGAAUAGUUCAGCUUGCUUUUGUUAACCUACUCUGGUACUCACAGUCACAAUUUUAUGUUGUGUUCCAAGGAAAUCUCCCAUCAGAGUGUAGCACUAGGAACAACUUUAUUGACACAGAUAAUGUCAGGAUGUUGGUGGGGCAGCGAUCCCAAAAUUUUUGCAUUUAUGGGAAUAUGUUUUUAAGGGGAAUUGAACGUGUAGAUUGGCUAAGAUGCCUGCAGAUUUUUUAAUAUUGUUGCUGCUGAAAAUAGUAUUUCUGGGGAUGGUCAGCAGAAAAAGAAAUUGUGUGCCCACUGCCCUUUUGGCUGAUAAUAUAAUAAUGUAAGGUUAUAAUACUUGUUGCUUCAUGUUUAUUCUGUGUAUUUCCAAAGCCUGUGUCUGUGUUAGCAAAAGAAUUAACUCAGCUGGAUUGGAUCUGUAGCCUGAAACUCUUGGUGCUAAGGACCUGAUGUCCACACUGUGCACAGUCUCUAGUUGGUCCCAUGGGCUGAGUGCCACUAGUGAUUGGAGCACAUCUUCUGGUUCCAUCCAAAAGGAAUCUGGUUCACAUCCUCAGGAACACUCCAUCAUGCAAACUAAAGCUCUUUAAUUGAGGCCACUGCACUGGACUGUCCCACGUGAAAGUGAAAUUCCUGCUAGCCCAUCUUUUGGCUCAAGCUUUGAAUGGGUGGGGUUUUGUUUGUUUGUGGUUUUUUUUCAUGGGUAUUUUUCUUUCAAAUCUGAGAUCUGAUUCCUCCUGUCCGAUCCUGGGAAUCAGGGGCUCCUGACUCUUCCUAAAAUUACCAUCCACAUGUGCUCCAUAAGUCAGGAGUGUGAUACAGCACAAAGUGAUCCAGCAUGGGUACAGCAUGGAAAGUGCUUUGUUUGAUGAAGAGUUAAUGUGAUUCUGCUUGUGGGUGUAAUUUUAUCCCGAACAUGCUGGGUGCCUGCUAAUGCAUGCAUUGUUUUUACAGUCUGCAGGACACAUAAAAAUUCCCUUCAUCGUUUUCCCAGGGUAUUUUUGUUCUUGUGGCCUUCCAGUUGCAUCUGUGUAUACAUGCAUAUGUGCAUAUAUAUACAGGGCACAAGCAUUCUUCUGCUCUUAGGCAGUUCCUGCUAUGUGCUGUUAACAUAAACUUAUUUAGGCAGUUCAUGGUACACUAUUUAUUACAUGUAUUCUUUGGUUGCCUUUUUGUAAUGCUGACAGGUGUAUUGAUAGCAGAUAUCACUGUAGACCUAGAAAACUUUCAUACUAUUUAUACUUAUUUUAGAUGUUCUGCCUUGUGUUUUUUUCUUGCUAUAUGUUACUUAGGUUUUUUUUCUCCCAUUUGGAGAAUGUGCUUCUAUGUAUUUGCAAAAUUGUGCCUGGGUAAUUUUAAAACAUGAAUAAAUGUAUAUGGUUUUCCAA